CUAAAGAUGUUUGUCAUUCCCGCGUUAAGUUAGGUCGGGUCACGAGCCCCUCCCUCUCUUCUCCAUCUCAUCAAUUCAGUACAGUUUCAAUUCAAUUCCUCUAACAAUUUAAUUUUCGACGAUCCCUUCCCUAAAAGUUCCCACUCCCAUGCCUCGCCAAUUUCAGUUCCUAGAUAAUCAUCACUAAAUGCAUUUCUUCCCCAAAGCAGACGCCGCGCUACUCUCCUCAACAAUCGAUAAAGACUCUCUCCCUCCGCGUCCGAAAGCAAUCGGCCCCAUCUUCGAUGCCAACAACUUCAAGAUCCCGGUAGAGCCUUGGACUUCCGACGUCCACUCGUCCUUCUACCCUCCGAAGCCAGAUCCUUUCGGUCCCUCGUCGAUACCGCCCGAAGCGCAAUGUGCUUCUUCGAAAUAUGUGCGAUCGCGAUUGGCAAAGAAUGAACGGCUGAGGCUGUCGAUGCUAUGGUAUUAUGCGAGGGAUUUAGACAAUGAGCCUGAACUUCUUGCGGGUCUGCAGGAGAAGGCAUGUCUUGCUCAGGAGUCAUCGGGCUGGGAGUAUGCUGUUGUCGGUGUGCUGGAUGUCAAUGUUUACAUUCGUCUGGCCACGGUAGGCCUUCAACUUGCUAUUCUUCCCCGUGGUGAAACCCUCUGCGCACAUACCGUUACUCAACCACCUGGAAAUGUCUUCCUCCUACCGAACAUGCUCCAAGACUGGAGAUUUCGCGAAUCGCCAUACGUUGAACACGGUGGACUUGUCGCCUAUGCUGGUGUCCCGCUCCGAAUGCAACACGAGUCGGGCGAAUGUGUCGGACUCGGUUCGCUAUGCGUGGCUUCUGCGACGGGUCGAUAUCCGUUAUCUAAGACACAGCAGCUUGCACUUGCUAGACUAGCCGACUGGAUCGUCCACGAUAUAAUACAAUGUGCACGAGCGCGACGCCAACGAGAACGUCACCGAUUUGUUGAGCUCAUCGCAGCAGUUCAGCAUGAACCCGAGGGCGACGAUGUCCAAGAGCCUAUCCUCCGAAUCCUUCGACAAGCAUUCCCCGACGAGUCAAUAAGUUUGCAGUCUACAGGCACCGAUCAAUCGACGGUCCCGUAUCCCGCGACGACAUCAGAUUUGAAGCAUGGAUUGUGGGAGGAUGACGAAUAUAUCGAAGACUUUAUCGCGAACUCGAAUUCCAACGAACCGCCGAAAGAUCGAGUAGUACGCUUCAUUUCAGCGCAAUGCGAAACGAAACUCGGACCCUCUGUUCUCGUCGUCGCGACAAAAGAUUUCAGAAGAAUAUUUGACGAUGUCGAUUCUUGGUUUGUGCACACCUGUGCUACCAUGCUCACCCAGCGAUGGCAAAAACGUCUCCUUACAGAAGUUAUGCGAGCGAAAGAAAAGUUCCUUCGAGGUGUAUCGCACCAGCUUCGAACCCCGAUCCACGGUAUCCUCGGCGCCGCAGAAUUAUUGACGGAAGAUCUGAGGGCAUUGACAGUGCCCGGAAGUUCGACGUUGCGGCCUGGCGUGGAGGCGAUAAUGAAGCCGCUUGCUGAACUGGGAAAGUCGUCCAUUUACCUCGAUACAAUAUCUACGGCGGGCAGGGAACUCAUGUCGACCGUCAACAAUAUGAUCACCCUCAACCGCUGGGCUGAUAUCGCUGCUGCCGAACGACAAUAUGCCACGCAUGGCAUCGAGUCUCUUGAGACGUCGCUCGUCAAGGCAUUGGCCGACUUCACCUUUAGGGACACACGCACACGAGCCCCGGUCUUCUUUCAUCACAACCUUACCCCCGAGUCCGAAGGCCUUCGAAUUGACAUCAACCUCUUCCGAGACGGUAUCCUUCCCCUGAUCGUAAACGCUAUACAAAACACGACCGAAGGAGUAGUGACUGUCACACAGUCCUAUACGCAAGAAACGAAGACGCUCGUGGUGGAUGUUGAGGAUACAGGUUGUGGCAUUUCUCCUGAAGAUCAAGGUCGCAUCUUUGAUCUGUACGAGAAAGUUGGCGAGCACUCUACUGGCGCUGGACUUGGCUUGACCCUCGCGACCAAGUUUUCUGCACUGCUUUACGGUUCAAUCGAGUUGGUGUCGUCAGAGGUUGAUCGCGGUUCACACUUCCGCGCUACAUUCCGCGACAUUCGUCCCUCGGGUUCGACGCCCUCUGAAUCAGCAGCCUUGCAGCUCAAGCACCUGCCGUUGAGUUAUCGCCAUCUUCCGUCCGAUUCACCCGAUGCACACUUGACCUCAAACCUAGCGAAAUACCUCACCCAAAAUGGCUUUUCCUUAUCUAAUGACCCGCAAGAUUGUCUCAAUAUUAUCGACUACAUACGCGAUUCGACCGAACGAGAGAAAUAUCACUCUAUACUACCGAAGGAGCAAGUCGCUAUUUGUUUAGUCCCCAACUCGGAUGAACCAGACGUUCCCGAAUCAUGUACCAACAUCGUCUUCGUCAAUGGACCAUUCUCGUCGUCUACGCUUGACUCUGCUCUCCAAAAAGCCGACCAACUACUCGCACAAUUGCGCAAGUCAACAAGAACAUCCCCACAACCAUCUCCCGCUCCCCUCGAAGGUCCGAAAUCCCUCCUGACACCCGCCGACCAAACAACCGAGAGCGAUCAACAAUCGACAUCAGACGAAGGCUACGAUUCCGCCAAUGGCUCUUCGAUUCCCCCCACAAGAACAAACGAAACCCAACAACUUCUUAGCGAAUCCCUCGCAAAAGCCGUAUCCCAAAUCGAAGCAGCAACAAUCGACCUCCCCAUCCACCCCCUCAUACCCCCCACCACCUCAAAACCCAUGACCCUCAUCGUCGACGACAACGCAGUCAACCUGCGCAUCCUAGAAAUGUACUGCAAGAAACGCGGUCUUCCCUACCUAAGCGCCAUAGACGGACACCAAGCCGUAGAGCUCUUUAAGAAACAACAAACCUGCGCCGCCGGUGGUAUAGACCUCAUCCUCAUGGACUUACAAAUGCCAGUCUGCGAUGGUAUUAGCGCUACACGACAGAUCAGAGCGCUGGAGAAGAUGAGGGAUAGUAAGGUGGUGGUGUUUAUUGUCACGGGGCAGGAUAGUCAGAUGGAUAGGGAGGCGGCGGGUAAGGCGGGUGCGGAUAAUUAUCUUGUUAAGCCGGUGGGGAUAAGGAUGCUGGAUAGUAAUCUUAAGAGGUAUUUUCCGGAUUUGGUGACGAGUUAGUAAGAGGAGGAAGGGGACUGAACUUGUGAAGGGGGAGUUAGGUUAGAACAGUACACGAAUACCCAUGAUUUGUUUUGGUUCGAAAAUGUCCAGUGUCUAUGUGAUGUGUUUGCAUUGCUGUAAGGCGAUCAUGUCAGGGUCAUGCUAACCAUGUCCUCAGUCGAUGGACAAUUCAUUCCGAAGACAACUUGAAGAACUCUAUGCAUUGACAUUACUCACGACAUGUCGGUGUAAAAGAGGCCGCGUGGUUGUUCCUCCACCUAUCGCAGCGCAUUCGAGCUCGCGAAAGAAUAAACUUUCGGUCUUACCGAUCUCGCGUUCGGGCGGCGUUAUUGUAUGUAUUAGUCGAUCUCUACGGAGUAUUAUUAUCCUCGGUGUUAUGCUCCGUCUUCUGGUACGAGUAUAGCACGAGAUUUGAAGCUUGCGGGUCGGCUCGUUCAGCUCAGACAGAUGUGGAGCUUGUUCAUGGAUGGUUCGGCAUUGGUGCG